AUGAACGUCACAAAGCCAUUUAAGUAUGAAGUUGUCGAUAGUUUUCUGCUGGAAAGCGAACUCAAUAAGAUCAAGGACAUUUAUUCUACUCUUUCCUUCAAAGAAGUACACACCGACCUGUACAACUUUCUUCAAUCCAACGAACUUAACUACGACGAUAGAUUUCAGUUUUUUAAAAAUAAACUAGACAAUGUUUUCAAAGAUAAAGUGGCCGAGAAGGAUGUGUUUUACACACUGUUUGCCUCAUACUACAGAAAAGGGGACUUCCUUCUCUGCCAUGAUGAUAUGGUUGAUGAAAGGCUUUAUGCAUUUACAUUUUAUUUGGAUGAUUUUGAUUCGGGACAGUUGGUUCUCUAUGAAAAUGACUGCGAAACGGUGCACAAAAAGAUUGGCGUAUGCUCGAAUAGGCUGGUAAUAUUUGAAGUUGAAGAAAACUCCUUUCACGAAGUAGAUCAGUGCCGAAGCAGUGGCAGAAAGGCAAUUUCGGGCUGGAUAAACUCAAAGACCAAGAAGUGUCAAUCAAAGUCCUUUGCAAGAAGCCAUAAGGUUCAUGAAAAUGUUGAGUUUUUUGACUUGAAUAUUGAUAUACCGGUAAAUAGUUUUGUUUCCCUGGAAUUUGAAGACAUUGAAGUUAAAGAGCUUUCGAGAAGCUUAAAAGGACCAUUUAUUGAUAGAAGGGUCUUUGAAAUUGCACUAGAAAAGCUGUAUACUCCACAGCUUGAAGGAUAUGCCCUUAUCAGUGCGGAAUGUCUUCUUUUUACAGAAGGAUGCUAUAUUCUAUGUAAUGACAGGAUAAAUGCGGUCAUGGGCGACAUUUUAGACGUAUAUAUUUUCAAGCAUAUCAGUGACAAACACAACAAACCAAGUUCCACCAUUGGUAAGGCUGAUGCACAUUCUGUUGACGGAUUCAUAACGUAUGUAGACCAAAAUUCAAACAUGGUCUUUGAAAUUGAUGCCAUUGGGAACCACAUGGUAUUCGGAAAGAGAAACGGCCACUGCAUUUGCAUUCAUAGAACACUUAGGCAGGUUUAUCUGAAACACUUUUAUUUAUCAAAAACUAAACUAGGCUUUUAG